AUGUAAUAUUAGCUUUAAAUCAUUGAUAUAUAGUCUUAUGAGAAUAAAUACUAUUACAAUGUUAGAAUUACAAACAAUUAUUAUACUUGUUAUCGUGAUGUGAGGGUACGCUUUUAAGAACUUUAUUAAUUUUCUCGAAAUCUCAUAAAUGAUAAUUAUUAAGUGCAAGUAUGAGAUUAAGAAAUAUAAAAGCAUUAGUUACCUUAAUUUCCUGAGAAGUCAAUUUUCAGCUCUUGGUUUUAAAGUAAUGAGAGCAGGGAAGACUUAUAAGAGCAUUUAAAAACUAUUUAAACUUAUUUAUCUUAAAUUCAUAAGUAAAAAUAAUUUAUAUAAAAGAAUUAUAAUCUACAAAUAUGAUGCUAUAAAUUAAUUUGUUUGUAAUACAUUUGAGCCUGAAAGACUGAAGUAAUUAACUUUUGGGAAGUUAACAAAAGAAGAGCUUUAUAACAAUUACAUAAAAUCAGCUUUAAUAAAAAAGAGUUUGUUUAAUAAAGUUUUUAGAGUUAGUGCUCAUAAAAUAGCCUUUACAGUUCAUCAAUAUUUAAUACCAUAAAGUGAUUUCGCUAAAUUUGAGUAUGAGCAUUUUAAGAGAUCAUAAUUGUUAAUUACAGAUUUUACUUAUAUUGUCAAAUGUUUUCAGAUAGGUCAUAUUUUAAAAAAUAAACCUUUCUUUAAUAAGAAAAUAAAAAAGACUAUAUAUAAUAAAUUGAAUUAAACAGAUGAUUUAUAGUAUGAUACAAUUUAUACAGUUGAAGAAUGGGUGGAAUAACCUAUGAAAGAGAUUAUUUAAUUAAGAGCUUAAACGCAUAACCUUUUUUAAUUAGAAGUUAUUGUAGAAGCAAUUAUUGCUUUAGUGACAGUUGCAUAAUAUUUAUAAUUUUUAUAGAUAUUUUAGAAAUAGUUCUCUGUAAGUUAUUUGUUUUAUGAUAAAAAAAAAGGAUUUAAAAUUGGUGGGUUAUCUCCUGUUCUUGCUUUCAAAAAAAAAUAUUUUGUUUAAUAUGAUAAAAAUUUUAAUGAUUAUAAAGCUCUAUAAGCACCAGAAAGCAUAAGAAAAAUAAAUUAAUAUGGUUUUAUUAACAAUUUAAAUCUUGCAAUUAGAACAGAUAUUUGGUAAAUUGGAAUAAUUAUUUUAUCAAUGGCUUCAUUAACAUUACCUGCUGAUAUGAUAUCAGAAAGGGCUAUUGAAGAUAAAUUAUAAUUUGUAUCAUUUUAAUAUGGGUAUAUAAUUUUUAAAAUUAGGGAAAUGUUAGGAACUUUAAUUAGAAAUAUGUUAUCACGUAAUCCAAUAGAAGGAUGUUCUCUAAUAGAAGUUGCAAAUGCUGCUCAAAAUCUUUUACCCAUGCAAUUAGAAUUUCUUAAAUUUGAAGAAAAAAUUGAAAGAAUUUAAGUUUAAAUGUUAAUUUAAAUAGAUUACUUCACUUUCAUAAUAAUAACUUGAAGAAUUAGACAAAUCUU